AUGGAGAUUCAGCGCCCUGAGUUUAUAAACUACACGUUUGUCGGCUACGUGCCAGAUCCAGACGGUCGCGGCACUCUUUCGCUGCUGUUCUCAUGUCUUGUGACCCUCAGUUUGUGUGUUUGGUCGGCUAUUCACUUGGACCUCCCGCCAUAUGGCGAGAGCGACAUUGAAUACGCAUACAGGUACCUGAAAUGGAGCGUGCUGGGGGUAUUCGGGCCUGAGCUCGUCAUCUGGGCGGCAUGGCGCCAGUUCAUAUCCGCUCGAACACUCACGAAAUAUGUCAAGGAGAGAAGCAACAACGGCCAAAGGAACGUAAACAAGAGACAGCAAUGGACCAUGGUCCACGGCUUCUAUGCAGGCAUGGGUGGGUUUGUUUUCGAUACUGCCACCACGGAGAUGCUGCAAGGUCCACCAUUUGUUCCCCAGCGACGUCUCCACCUUACCCCACGAGGGGUCCAGCUCCUGGCACGAUGCGGCCUGCUACCCGACAUCUCCGUCGAAGAGAUCAAGGACAAGAGCAAAACCGACGGAUCGGGGAAGCUCAUUUGCUAUGUCCAGGUCGGCUGGAUGGUCGUGCAGGCCGCUGUGCGAGUAGCGGUUGGCCUUCCAAUAACACCGCUCGAGACGAAUACCAUUGGGCACGUUGUUUGUGCUCUGAUCAACUACGCUCUUUGGUGGUAUAAGCCAAAGUGGAUCAAAGAGCCGACCAUACUGAGGGGCGACUGGACUCGAGAGAUGUGCGCAUUCAUGUACAUGUCCAGCCAAGUCAGUCAAGAGAACAAGGUCAGUCGAGACGUCCUGCGCGACUUUGGCGUCAAGACGGAAAUGAGCGGAGUGUUAUACACCCCUAGUGACUACAGCUCAGAGAAUGCUCGCAGUCAUGAGGAAUCCAAUGAGGAUAUCCAACUUACGCGACCGAACGGGGCAUUUGCAACGAAAGGACAUAUGGCAUUCAACGAUGAGUGUGAACCAUCAGCGCAGGCACUCCACAUAGAAAAUGCCGUCACAAAAACAACUACAUCGGCUAUGCGGGAUACAGGCUCAAACAGAAGUUGGUGGUGUGCGUCAGAAGAGCUCGUAGUUGAACGUCCCCGAAACUGGCCCGGCGAUGAUCUUCUUCGUCACAUGCAGGGCCACUUGAUGGGCAUCAUUUUAUGGAGCUCCAGCACAGUGUACGGCGCUGUUCAUAUCGCGGGUUGGAACGAGAUAUUUCCCACGGACAUCGAGUCCUGGUUCUGGAGAGCGUCUGGGGCCUACAUUGUCUUCAGCGGACUGUUAUGGUCGUUGCUGAAUCUCAUGGGCCACUUGUCCGGCUCGGUCUGGUGGUUUUGGUACGGCAUACUGGAAGGGGCGGAGCGAAAGAGGAGUCAUGUUCUCAUCUACGUUUUGUGUUGCAUAGGAGGGACAUUUUAUGUUGUUGCGCGGGUGUAUCUCGUUUUGGAGGCAUUCAUCUCUCUGCGCUCAUUACCAGCGUCGGCAUAUGACUCUCCCUCUUGUAUUCUAACAGUGCCUCAUAUAUAG